AUGGUGCCAAGCAGGUCCAUGGGAGAGGACAGAAAUGUCACCCGUGUGACAAUGUUUGUUCUCCUGGGAAUCUCAGAUGAAAAGGAGCUGCAGCUUAGUCUCUUCCCAGUCUUCCUGGUGAUCUACCUUGUGACAUUAUUCUGGAACAUGGGUCUCAUCACCCUAAUCAGGAUGGACUCCCACCUGCACACACCAAUGUACUUUUUCCUCAGUGUCCUGUCAUUGAUAGACAUCUGCUAUACUACUUCCAUCAGCCCCAGGAUGCUUUCAGACCUCUUCAAAGAUAAAAAAGUCAUUUCCUUCAUUGCCUGUGCCACCCAGUAUUUUGUGGCUUCCUGGAUGGGUCAGGCUGAGUGCUGCCUCUUGGCUGUUAUGGCCUAUGACAGAUAUGUGGCCAUUGGCCACCCUCUUCAGUACUUGACCAUCAUGGCGCCUGGGCUUUGCUGGAAGAUGGUUGCUGGAGCCAUUGGGUGCGGUUUCAUUUGUGCAUUAGUAGAGACAGUGACUUGCUUUGAGUUGUACUACUGUGGGCCAAAUAUCAUCCAACAUUUCUUGUGUAACAUAACUGAGAUUAUGAACCUAUCUUGUUCUAAUCCCUUCAUUAGUGAAACGAUUCUUUUUCUAGUAGCUAUUUUUGUUGGGUUUGGGUCUUUACUUCUUAUUCUGUUAUCCUAUGGUUUCAUUGCAGCUUCCAUCCUGAAAAUAUCCUCUGUCAAAGGUAGCGCCAAGGCCUUCAACACUUGUGCCUCCCACCUGGCAGUUGUGACUCUCUUGUACGGCACAGCCCUCUCUGUGUACAUGCAUCCUAGUUCUGGUCACUCCACAGAACAGAACAAGUUUCUGACUGUGUUCUAUGUUAUUGCUAUUCCCAUGUUAAACCCUCUUAUUUAUAGUCUGAGGAACAAGGAGAUCAAAGAUGCCCUCAGGAGAGUGAUGAAGAAGACAGCACAUUUGUCUCAAUAA